AGGAUCGACGGUCUGGAUUCAAUGAAGAAGGAAAUAUUCGGCGUCGCCGACAUUGGAAACCGAUCACCUCUAUCGGAUUCUAUCCCAACCGGCAGACCCUACUGCCUGACGCUGGAACCUCCACGGCUAGCUGCUGUCUGCUCUCCCCAGUCGCAUCUCUCCUCAUCCCUUCCCUUCUCUCGCUACUGGGAUCUACAAAGAUGACUGCGAAUCCUCCUACUCUUCCUCCGUUUAAGUUGAUAUUGGGAUCAAUGUCGGUGGCUCGUCGUCACAUCUUAAAAGAGAUGGGGUUUCUAUUCGAUGUCAUGACUGCAGACAUUGACGAGAAGAGUAUUCGUAGGGAAAAUCCAGAUGAAUUGGUCAUGGUUCUUGCUGAAGCUAAGGCAGAUGCUAUCAUAUCAAGGAUGAAUGUUGAAGGUCUUAUAGAGAAGAUUGAGGAACCAACCCUCUUGAUUACUUCUGAUAUAGUGGUGGUCCAUAAAGGGAUAAUUAGAGAAAAGCCUAGCAGCAAGGAAGAAGCUCGGCAGUUCCUCAAAGGCUAUUCUGGAGGCCACGUAUCAACAGUUGGUUCAGUUCUUGUUACCAAUCUAAAGACUGGCAGGAGAUUUGGAGGUUUAGAUAAGGCUGAGGUAUAUUUUCAUGAUAUACCAGACGAGAUCAUUGAGAACUUGAUCGAUGAGGGUGUCGUAUUCAACGUUGCUGGUGGCCUGCUGCUGGAACACCCAUAUAUCUUGCCAUUUGUUGAAUCAGUGAUAGGAGCCACGGACAGUGUCAUGGGACUUGCAAAGGGUCUCACUCACAACCUCAUUCGUGAAGCUUUAUCCGUGGACUCUUAAAGUAUUAACGCGUUAUUAAGAGUUCUGAUCAACUAGUGUUCAGAUUAAAAGAAUUGAGAUUUUAUUAUUGGAUUCAAAAUGAUGGUCCUGAAUGAAUCGGGAUUAUAAAUCCUUUUAUUUUCAUCUAUUAAACCGUAUUUAAGUAUUUGAAAAGUCUCUUGAAAAUCAUUAAGUAGCAAAUUAUAAGUUA